AUGGUCGAAUAUGAUCAAGGAAUGGGGGAUUAUGGCUGUUGGAACACUGGGAGCCCCAAACAAGAUGCAGGGGCGGAAGAGAAGAAGACCGAGGAGGAGAAGUCAAACAAGAAGAAUGGAAAGAUUUGGACCCAGUUCUACAAACCAGACCCACGCAUUGCCCUGGGGAAAUACUCCCCCUUGGAAAAAGAGAUCCUACACCUAGGUGGUACCCACACAAUCUCAGCAAGAAGGUUUCUGGCUCGUAAGCAAGAGGAAGAACGGAAGAUGCUGAAGGAGCUAAAGUUGUUGUCCUCAGACUACAAACAGGCAAAGACGUACAAAACACAGAGUUUCUUUCCUUGUUCUAUCUGUGGACCCUCGGAAAAAAUAUGGACAGCAAAGGUGGUGGUGCCUCCAGGGGAGCUGACCAUGCCACCCCGAGAAAGAACCAACAUCGACAAGCACAUAGAAAGGAUGCGCUUCGCUCGAGUCCUGGGCAGCGGACAGUUUUCACACUACCCUGAAAGGUUCGGGGACUCUACGUAUUCGUCACGAGCACGCCUGGACCCAUUGGCAAAAGACAAAGCCCGAGGCACGGAUGAGAACCGGGGCGCGAAUCCCACAGAGGCUGCUGAGCAACAGGAAAAGAAAAAGACAGGGGACAAACCCACAGGAAGACAAGAAAUAAAAUUGAAGGUCACUUUCAAGUCAGAAGAACCCAAAAAAUGUGUCCCCUGUAAUGUGAAUGAACGGAGAUCCCUGCUCCCCACCAGAAAACCGGAGCGGUGCAUCACUGGCCUAACGAACCGGUGCCUGUUCCACUCUUCCGAUUUCCCUGGGGAUCUGAUGCUAAUGAAUCAGGAUUUUAUAUCUCGGGGAACCCGCCCCAAUGAUGUGAUGAAGGCCUGCCUGCCCAGAAACAAGGGCAAAACGGUUUCUCGUGAUUAUUAA